GGCGGGGCGCGGCCGAGGUCCCCAGACCAGAACUGGAGAGGAUAUUCGGGAUCCCUACUCCGCUAGUGGAGAAAGGACCUGCCUCCCACGCACCCUCACCUAACCAGAGCGGGGAUUUCUAUGGCCCCUCCUGCUGGCUUUUUGAAGAAAGCGAAAGUGAAAGAGGGAAGAAGACUGAGGAGAUCGCGGCGCCAUGAAGCACCUGUCCCUGCUCCUCGCUCUGGCUUUGGGCUUGGUGACCGCCGUCUCGGCGGGACCCACGGUGAUAGAAUGCUGGUUCGUGGAGGAUGCAGACGGGGGCCGCCUGGCCAAGAAACCCGCUGCAUUGCUGCUGCGCCAGGGCCCAGGGAGAAUACCUCCCCGGCCGGACCUCGACCCCAAGCGCUACCUCAGAGUACAUGACCCCACAGGCACCCUGCAGGCUGCCUUCAGGCGGUACCCCCGGAGCGCCCCCACGCCACACUGCGAGAUGAGCCAUUACAUCCCACUCCCCGCCUCUGUGAAUUGGGUCAAAGGCCUGACUCCGGAGCAGAGCUGCCCGCGGGCCUUGGACGGGACUUGGUUCAUGGUCAGCAUGUCCAGCCCGGUCCUCAGCCUCUCCAGCCUCCUACAAUCACAGACCGAGCCUCAGCCAGAUCCUGGACUCAUCACCAUGGCAACAGCUGUGCUGACUGUCAUCACCCACAACCCCACCACUAGAAUCCAGCUGGGACAAGAUGCUCUGCUGGACUUGAGCUUUGCUUACAUGCCCUCCACCCCAGAGGCCACUACACCUCUGGCCCCAGGUCCCCCUCCCUUUGGGCUGGAGUGGCGACACCAGCACCUAGGGGAGGGGCACCUGCUCCUGGCUGCAACUCCUGGGCUGCGUGGGCAAAUGCCAGCUGCCCGAGAUGGGGCAGUGGCAUUUGCCGCUUGGGAUGAUGAUGAGUCAUGGGGUCCAUGGACUGGAAAUGGGACCCUCUGGCUGCCUGCAGUGAAGCCUUCCCAGGAGGGUGCCUAUCAGGCCACCAUAUACCUGCCAUAUCUGCAAGGACAGGUCACCCUGGAGCUUGCUGUGCAGAAAUCCCCCAAAGUGUCCCUGAUGCCAUCACCUCUUGUAUGGGCUGCCCCUGGGGAGGCACCCCCUGAGCUAGUUUGCCUUGUGUCCCACUUCUACCCCUCUGAGGGCCUGGAGGUGGAGUGGGAGCUCCGAGGUGGUCCAGAGGGGAGCUUUCAGAAGGCCAAGGGGCAGAGUUGGCUCUCAGCCCUGCACCACCACUUGGAUGGCUCUGUCAGCCUCUCUGGGCACCUGCAGCCAUCCCCGGUCACCACUGCACAGCACGGGGCGCGCUAUGCCUGUCGUGUCCACCACCCCAGCCUACCCGCAUUGGGGCGCAGUGCUGAAGUCACCCUGGAGGUGGCAGGUCUCUCUGGCCCCUCCCUGGAGGAUGGUAUAGGCCUCUUCCUGUCUGCUUUUCUGCUCUUGGGGCUCUUCAAGGUACUGGGCUGGGCAGCUGCCUACCUGUCCACUUCCAAGGAAUCAAAGAAGAAAGCACAGUGAGGGCACUCAAGACCACCCUGGGGAAGCUACCAUCAUCUCUGACCUGAACUACUGUAGUAGCUCCUCCAAACAGUAUGCCAUCACCUGCUCCUGCUCCUGCUCCUUCCAAUCUCUCUCCACGGUGGGAAUGCUUUUUUAAAAAAGACACAAAUCUAUAGCAUUCACCUUCUUAGAGCUCUAAGGCUGUGGUUCUCAAAAUUUUUGGUCUCAGGACAUCAUAAAAACGAAGGACUCUCGAGCUUUUGUUUAUGUGGGUUAUAAACUAACUAUUUAUCAUACUAGAACUUAAAACUGAGAAAAGUUUAAAACAGAAGGAUACACAGGCACACAUUCCAUUGGCUGUGAAGGAGAUAAUGUCAAUACACAUCAUGUAGCUCUGGGAAAUUUCACUGUACAUUUUUUUAGAGAAUGAAAGUGAAAAAGGCAAAUAACAUUUUAGUGUUAUGAAAAUAGUCUUAACUUCGUAUGCGCAGUGAAUUAGUCUCAGAGAUCUCUGGGGCAGGGACCACACCAAGAGAACGGGUGCUCUAGAGGCCAAAUCCAUUCUUCUUGCCCUUGGCACAUGAAUUUACGGCGCUGGAGCCACUGCUUACCUCUUCAACCCAAUCUGGUGCUCUCCAGCACUCUCAAUACUCAUCACACCUACAGCUCUUCCUUUCCUCCAAUGGCCUCUCACCUUCCCUAGGUCCCAGAGUUCUGUUCUCUCUGCCUGGUCCACCCUCGCUCUCCCUGGGCUCCAGACCAGAUCAGCCAAGUCAUUCCCCUCAGACCGCCGCGUGUCCCUCUUGUGCGGUUCACCACGGUUGUACUUAAGUGAUUGUGCGAGUUGUUAAAGCCCGUUUCCCGGACUCUCAGCUCCUCGCAGUUGCAAAAACAAGUCUGUAUGUCCACUGCUUUAUCUCCCGCAUCGGCAGUGGGCCUGGCGCCCACUGGAGGGCGCUCGGUAUAAGAAGUUAUAGUCCUUUUUUUCAUCCUAAGGAUUCAAAAACAGGUAUAGGGUCAAGUAACUACUGGACGAAGGAAGCGGCGACUUAAGGACCUCCGAGGGGCAGGACCGUGGGCCAGACCGACGCGGGGAGCGAGUCUACUCGGUGGGAAUAAAGUUGUGUUCCAGUGCUU